ACACUUUUUUGUUUGUGAGUACAGGUGCGUCAGUAUUGUUGCUCGGUCCCAGACCCUAGGAACAAAACAAAAUAGCAACUCUCACAAGAGAAAUCAAUUUAAAACAUCCGAAGUAUUUUCAGGAAUGAGAUUUGAUAAAAAAAACGCAUCAGAGAUUCGUCUAUCCCAAUUCGUAAUUCUAAUCCAGGCUAAUUUUUUUUUUUUUUUUCAUUUAAUUUUUUUCAACAUUUUGCAUUUUUAACGACGGUGAAGAGCUACAAGAUGAUGCUUAAUAACGCUGCUGCCAUAUUGCAAAAUGAUUUACGUUAGUUGAUAUACGUUACCAGAGUAACAUAUGUAAACAAAACUGUAUGUGUAUGCGAAAAACGACUUUUACAGAAGAAAUUCUUGUAUCGAAACUGCUUACUAACAUCGGGCCUGACGCAACAAGUAAUAAGAAACAUGAACAGUUAAUUGCGGUCAGCCAAAAAUUUUAAUUUUUGAUUACUCUUUUUCGAAAAUAGUCUCUGUAUUAAAUAUAGUUUUCAUUGUGAAAAGAUAUUCUUCAUAUUGAGUACGAACCUACGAAGUGCAAUGGCAUCAAAAAUGGCGCUCUUAUUUUUAACACUGUUGAUAUGUAUUGUAUGUAUUAGCAAAGGAGAGAUACUACGAUUGUCUGAAUGCAACAAGUUUUAUGCUGUCUUUGAUGUUGUAUUCAACAAUUUUCUACUGAUAAAUACGACAUAUUCUUUGGUUAGAAACGUCGAGCUGAAUAGAUGCUUGAUCAUAUGCAUGCAAUAUCCAAAAUGCAAAUCAUUCAGCUACAUGUUUCAUCACUCACAAUGCCGAAUACACCAUUCCACUAGAACUGACACUGGAAGUAACUUACAAAAGGAAAAUGGAUGGACACACUAUGAAACCAAUGAGAAUGCAACGAACGUCGGCCCAGUUUGUGAAGAAAGAAAACCAUGCAAAUGUGGGAAAUGUGUGGAUACAUGUGAUGAGACAGGCUUCAAAUGUGAGGGUGAUUGGAUUUUAUUGAAACGCAAUGUCUGCUUUGGAGCACGUGCAAACAAGUUUGGAACAUUUAAAGUACAACAUGACACAGUAUUGACAGACAUAAAAUUGGUACAUGUUGGUGGACCUGGUCUAACGUGCGAAGAAAACAUGCCACUAACAAAGUGGGGUUGUGAGCACAAUAGCGAUUAUAUUGAUGGAAAUGUUGCGGCUGUCAUUACAGAUGAUCAAAACAACCUACUUUAUCCAUCUAUGGAUGAUUAUGCCGGUCGUGGAUUCUUUACUGUACCAGGCUACAACGCCAACUCACCCUAUCUCAUCUUUGAUGCAACAAGUCACACUGUUUACAAAGGACAGGAGCUUAGAUUGCAUUAUGGUGAAGCUUGGGCGUCUGAUGGAUACCCCUUUAAUAACAGUGGUGAAUCAUGUGCAGAUAUUUAUGCGAAAUUGUGUGACGAAUAAUUUUUUUGUGAAUGAUGCAAUCCUCUUCAGUUUGAAUUAAAUCAAGAAAUGCGAUAAAUUUUUUUCUUAAACCUUAAAAUGAAGGAAAACUGUGUUAUUUUAAGACUUUACACGAUAAACAUUACAUUAUUAAAUUUCUAUGUAGAUACACACGAGAUUGAAAGAAGUUAGUUAAAACUUUUAAAACCAAGUAUUUUAGUUACAAUCUUAUUAUUAUAAAAAUAUUAUCAAUAAAAAUUAGUAACAACAG